UGCGUCUCUGUCGUCAUCCUCAAGCGACGAGUGAUUCUACUCGACGUCGCAUAUGACAAAUAAGACAUUUCAGCCUUAGUAGAGAGCUUGCGUGUGUUUAAACACAACAGUUAUCUAGGUUACCUUUCGAUAAUGACUUCUCGGUUAUGUUUCUUUUUAUUCAGGCCUAGAAUUCCCAGAUCACGUGGCGCGGUUCCCAAAACAUCAUGUAGCACCGCUGGAGGAAAGCAUGAGGAGGCACAGAAAAGAGCAACGAGCUCGUCUUUACAUCUUUCUCAUUCGUUACUGGAGCCUUCUGUGUCACACAGCGGAGGCAGACUGAGUUUCUGCAGGAGCUUCUCUACUUCUGUAAGAAGGACUGAAGCCAUCGGACAGCUGCAGUCAACACACUAUCACCUGGUUUACACCUGCAAAGUGUGCUCCACUCGCUCUAUGAAGAAAAUAUCCAAAAUAGCCUAUCACAAGGGUGUUGUGAUUGUAACUUGUCCUGGAUGUAAAAACCACCACAUCAUUGCUGAUAAUUUAAAGUGGUUUUCUGACCUGGAGGGGAAAAGAAACAUAGAGGAAAUAUUGGCUGCUAAAGGAGAAUCAGUCCAAAGAGUUCAAGGGGACGAGGCCCUGGAAAUUUUUGCUGAGGAAUCAAUAAACGAGGUGUCAAAAAAUAAUCCAGAUGAUCCAAAACCAACACAUCUGAGCGAUGGUUCAGAUAAAACAUGAUUGACAUUUGUUAACCGCAUCACUGCACAUUUAUAAUUGUUAUAUUUUUAAUAAUGUUCUUAAUAAAGCACUAAAACAACCAUCUAA